AUCCUCCCUCCACCCCGCCCCGGGCCCCUCCCGGCGGCUCUCGACGCUCCCUACCUCCGGCCCUCCCGGGUGACGACGGGUAGGGAAGGAGGCGGAGCAGGGAAAGGAGAGAGCUGAACAGGGAAAGCGCUGCGCUGCAUUCUGGGAAGGCCGGCGCUCUGUCCGCCGCGCAGCCUCCUGGGAGUUGUAGUCGCAAUCCUAGGCAACUGGUGUGUGUGUCCUGGGCGCGCGGAAGACUGGUUGCCUAGGGGAACCUUCUGAGGGCAAGUGGGCUUCUUUUGACAGUUGCGUGCCCCUUCGGUCCAGCCUGGCUUCCGAUUCUGCCUUGCGUGUUUAUGACGAGCCUGCGAAUCGGGACGUGAGAACCCUCAGAUCACAAGGAAGAGAUCGCUGCGUUUGCAUCAUGGAUAACACAAAGGAAAAGAACAACUUCAAAGACGCCCUUCUGCUCCGCAUGGGGCUAAAUGAUAACAAGGCAGGCAUGGAAGGGUUGGAUAAGGAGAAAAUUAACAAAAUUAUCAUGGAAGCCACAAAGGGGUCCAGAUUUUAUGGAAAUGAACUCAAGAAGGAAAAGCAAGUCAAUCAACGGAUUGAAAACAUGAUGCAGCAAAAGGCGCAAAUUACCAGCCAGCAACUAAGGAAGGCCCAGCUACAGGUUGACAGAUUUGCGAUGGAAUUAGAACGGAACCGGAAUUUGAACAACACCAUAGUUCACGUGGACAUGGAUGCUUUCUAUGCGGCUGUAGAAAUGAGGGACAACCCGGAACUGAAGGAGAAGCCCAUCGCCGUAGGAUCCAUGAGCAUGCUGGCUACUUCAAAUUACCACGCAAGGAGGUUUGGGGUUCGCGCAGCCAUGCCAGGAUUUAUUGCCAAGAGACUCUGCCCACAACUUAUUAUAGUGCCCCCAAACUUUGACAAGUAUAGAGCUGUGAGUAAGGAGGUUAAGGAGAUACUCGCUGAAUAUGAUCCCAAUUUUAUGGCCAUGAGUCUGGACGAGGCCUACUUGAAUAUAACACAGCACUUACAGGAAAGGCAAGGGUGGCCUGAGGACAAAAGAAGAUAUUUCAUCAAAAUGGGAAGCUGUAGAAAAAUUGACACACCCGGGCAGGAAGCUGAUGAGCUGACUGAGCGGGAGCGCUCCAUCUCCCCACUGCUUUUUGAAGAUAGCCCUCCUGAUUUGCAACCCCAAGGAAGUCCUUUCCAACUGAACUCUGAAGAACAAAACAAUCCUCAAAUAGCCCAAAAUCCAGUUGUUUUUGGAACAUCAGCUGAGGAAGUGGUAAAGGAAAUUCGCUUCAGAAUUGAACAGAAAACAACGCUAACAGCCAGCGCAGGCAUCGCCCCUAAUACAAUGUUAGCAAAAGUGUGCAGUGAUAAGAAUAAACCAAAUGGACAGUACCAGAUCGUCCCCAGCAGGAGCGCGGUGAUGGACUUCAUCAAGGACUUGCCUAUUCGAAAGGUUUCUGGAAUAGGAAAAGUUACGGAGAAAAUGUUGCUGGCUCUCGGGAUUGUUACUUGCACAGAACUCUACCAACAGAGAGCGUUGCUUUCUCUCCUUUUCUCUGAAUCAUCCUGGCACUAUUUUCUUCAUGUCGCACUGGGCCUGGGUUCAACAGACCUGGCGAGGGAUGGAGAAAGGAAAAGUAUGAGCGUUGAAAGGACAUUCAGUGAGAUCAAUAAAACAGAGGAACAGUACAGCUUGUGCCAAGAACUGUGCACUGAGCUCGCCCACGAUCUCCAGAAGGAAGGACUUAAGGGCAGAACUGUCACCAUCAAGCUGAAGAACGUGGAUUUUGAAGUAAAAACCCGCGCAUCUACAGUCCCAUCUGCCAUUUCUACUGCAGAGGACAUAUUUGCCGUUGCCAAGGAGCUGCUAAGGACAGAAGUCACUGCAGGCUCUCCACAGCCCCUGCGGCUAAGACUGAUGGGUGUUCGGAUGUCUACUUUCUCCAACGACGAUGACAGGAAGCACCAACAAAGGAGCAUCAUUGGCUUCUUACAAGCUGGAAACCAAGGCUUGUCACCCACUGGGUGUACUGCAGACAGAACUGACAAAACUGAGCUCGUAAAGCCCUUAGAAACGUCUCGUAAGAAGAGUUUCUUUGAUAAAAAGCGAUCAGAAAGGAUCCCAAACUGUCAAGACCCACCCAGAUGUAAAAUCGUGGGUGAGCAAGCUUUGCAGGCCUCGGAACCAUCCCAAGCAUUGAAGAAGAUGAGCGAGAGUUUCAAAACCUCAGAGAAUUCAAAUGACCCUCAGACAUUUAUAUGUCCAGUUUGCUUUAGGGAGCAAGAAGGCAUCAGUCUGGAAGCCUUUAAUGAACAUGUAGAUGCAUGUCUCGACGGACCGUCCACCAGUGAGAACUCAGAGAUGCCCAGUUACUCACAUGCUUCGUCUGCGGACAUUGGUCAGCAGGAAGAUGCACACCGUGCUGUUCCACUGUGGGAGAAGCGGGGGCAUGCAGACGGAGAGAUCACCUCAGGAGAUGGUGCAGAUCUAACAGAGACUGAAGACAGAUCGCCGAAAGCAGCAAGCAUGGACACUGUAGGGAAUAAUCACAGCGAAGGGGAGGGAUAUCCUGAUAGUCAGGGCAAGUCCUGCCCUCUGUCACCCGCAAACGAGACUGUCAGCACGUUAAGUAGGGAAGACUCUGCCCAGCCCUGUAUAGAUGACGUAGUGACAGGACGAGCUCUAGUUUGUCCCGUUUGUAACCUAGAACAAGAGACAUCUGAUCUCACCCUCUUCAACAUCCACGUGGACAUUUGCUUAAAUAAAGGCAUCAUCCAAGAACUGAGAAACAGCGAAGUUAACUCAGUUAAGCAACCCAAAGGGAGCACGAGAAGCACUGACAGACUUCAGAAGGCUUCAGGAAAGACAAAAAGGGCAGGCCGGAAGACAAAGGGCUCAACAUCCAAGAGAACAAAACCCCGAGAUCCCAGACACACCCUUGAUGGAUUUUUUAAAUGAACUUUGAACAUUUUGUCAACAUUUUUAAUUGUAGUUAUUAUUUUCAUAGUCAAUGUAUUUAUUUUUCCUCACUUUAAAUAUGUUCCUUUAAGGAAGACAAGUGCAAUAAUAAUACCUCCCCCACGUGACCUUUUUAAGAAUAUAGACUGAAUAUUAAUAUAUAUGUAUGUGUGUGUGUGUGUGUGUAUAUAUAUAUAUAUAUAUAUACAUACACUGGGAAUGAAAUUUAUAUAAUCAGUUGGAAAUCAGUCGUAUUAGAGACAGCGUAAGAAGUGAGGUCAGAAGAUAAUUUUAUAAUGAGUAUAAAAUAUUUACACGGACUCUGAGCCAUUGCAGUGACCUCAGCGUCAGCUCCUCAGUGCUUGGCCACCGUGUUGCCGUUUAUGCGACUGUACUGCUCGUGAGCAGAUGUAAUUAGAUUUAGCCAUGAUCACCACGAAGAGCUUCAGCUUAACAGAAAGGGUGUGGGCAUGGCUGCUCCCUUCAGGAAGCGAUGCACAGUAUUACCUGUGUUCAGAGGCCUGGCUCAAACCAUUGUCAUUUGUAUCGUCUUACUUAUCAAUAAGCACUUGGUUCGCAUAGAGAAAUGCUUAGUCUGAAACUCAAGAUUGUUUUUGUAACUCAGUACUUUAAUUUCUUCCCGGCUAUAUUUGCUACAGAUCUGCAGUAAACAAGAUAAGUCCCUUGGUUUUCAUCCACCUCUUUAGGACAAAUAGACGGCUCUGAAGAUGACCCCCUAGGAGGCGCUGCCCUUGCCGUAGCUACUUCUCUGUGCCCCUGUUAAUGGUUGUGGAAGAAAGCUUUGCAGCAGUUCAGAGGUUGCUGCAGAUGGAGUGCCACCCACAGGUUCUUAUCAAAAAGCCCUUCCUGCUACUGCUUUAAGAACUGAUUCCUGCUGGCUCUGGCUUGUGGUGGCUCAGGCCUUUAAUCCUAGCACUGGGAGGCAGAGGCAGGAGGACCUCGGAGUUGGGGGACAGCUUGGUCUACAGAGUGAGUUCCAGAAAGAACAGCCAGAACCACACAGAGAAACCCUACCUCCCAAAAGAAAAA